CGUUUCCUCGCUUGUAGCUGUAGUAUUUACACCGCGCUGGCGUCAAGUCGAAUCGUCGAUUAACGAGCUUCGAUCCGGUGUGUGCGGCGGAUCAUUUCUCUACGACGAAACGAAACGAAACGAAUCUACGGAUUCACGAAAAAAAAAAGAACGAUUUCUCUCGAUACGACGAGGACAUUUCGCGCCAUACUUCACUCGUUGUACGUACAUAUCGCUGCUUCGAUCUGUGUACCUGUGGAUCGACUGUUAGUGCGCCAUGUUCGCGCGUCGCGGCACGUCACCGGUUUGACGUUGCUGCGGAACGAUUCGCGACAAAGAGAAGUGGACAAGUGUAUAUAUACAUGGUGAAACGGCGACGUGGUAACGGACGAGUGCGCUCGCAACACGAAAAAAGUACGUUGAUUACGGACAAAAAACGCGGAGUACACGCGGAGCGCCGCCAACACAUCGUGGGAUCGUGGAAUGCACGCUGACAGUUGCCCCCAACGUGCGCACGUUCGAAUGGAAGAAGGGUUCGACAUCCGGAUCUGGAUGAUGCCGAAAUCACGCCGAAUCUGACGCCGAAUCAGAACGUGUUCUCUCCCCGGCCGGAAAGAAACGGCGUGGCUUCCGGUGCUGCAUUCGUAGUGGAGGGAUAUGAAGGAGAGGCGGAAAGGGGGUUUACAGUUCGUCGGAGCUGCUAACGAUCGUCGGUGCCGAUCGUGGACGAGGCGAGGAAUCGUCAUCAUCGUGCGAUGAUGAGCGGGAGCGAUUCGAGCGCGACCGCGACGCUGACGACGACGUCGACGCCGAUGCCGACGAGCGUCGCCGUCAUCUCCGCAGCUUCUUCCUCCGCGGACGAGGAGGAGGAGGACUCGGCGGCCUUGACCCUGGAUUGUACCGAGUCCGCUGCCGAUAUGGACCUGGUGAAUGGACCGAAUCCCUGGCUUCCGGCCUACGGUUUUCAACUGCAGCAUCAUUCCCACUUUCAGCCGUCACACUUGGAGGAUCUACGGGCUAAUGAUACGGUGCUAAUACAACAAAUAGAUUUUUUGGAGACAAUUCUAGAGGAGACGUCCGACGAUCUUCAAAGCGAUUCCGAUCGUAGCGGAACGACAUAUUGGUUGGGAUCCGAUUCGGAAACCGAGAGCGUCAUUCAUAUCAAGGCGAAGCAGAGAUCCACAGACGAACGGCUAGAUGGUAGCGGUAGCGAGUGCAAUUCAGUGGUGCCAAAAAAGAGACGUCGUCGUGAUCAUUAUGGCACCGAUCAUCAUUAUCAUCAACACGUGACAACGUAUGAUGAGUAUCCGGCUUCGCCGAGAUCAUCCAGGUCUACCGCUUCCUCCAGGUCGAGCUCGCUAUUGCAAUUCGAGUCCUUGGAGAGGACCUGUGCGACUUUGUCACCCUCCAGCUACAGUUUUGACUCUCUGGAAUACUCUAAUCGGUCGAAUGCUUCUUAUGCAGAGAACGAUUCACCUGAUAGCUUGGAACAAGACUACAAUAGGUUGCUACCGAAUGGUUUUCCUAACACAUUAAUUGACCAUUUUCCGAGGAUCAGGCCCUACCGCAGCUUUGAAAGUCUAGAUACGUGUCAGAAGGACGAAGGUUUCGGCCAAGCGUCUAUGUCAAAUGGUUUCACGCCUUUGUACCUGAAGAGGGGUGCUGAUUUAUCAAAUAUUGGGAAAAACAAACAAUGUCCAAGAGACUUUUGGCACGAGGACGAAGAAUGCAGGGACCACGAUUACGAGGAAGAGGAUGACGAAGACAAUUUCGAACAAUACGAACGAAAUCGAACAGAAUCCCGGUUAACGACCGGUUUUGAGGAUCGGUUAUUGUACGGCGAGUCCGGCAAGUACGCGACAUCCUUGGAUUACCGGAACACAAUCGAUCUACGGGAGAUCGGCGUGGAAACGAAGAGAGACAGGCUUUUGGAACUCAAGUCCGGGCAAAAGACAGCCCGGUUAAAUAUAGCCGGCGCGGAACAUCACCAUCAUCAUCAUCAUCACCAUCAUCAUCAUCAUCAACAUCCGCAGCAGUACCAGCAGUACCAACAGCAGCAAUAUGAUCAACACGAUCACCAUCACCACCGCCGCCACCGCCAACAGCAGCACCAAGGGUGGAGUCACGAGGAGCGUUUUAAUUUUAGAUUCACGGACAAGUCGCAGAGCGCGCCCAGUCUGCUCGAUAGUGUCGAGGAGUCAGCACGUAGUGAUUUGAGCAGCAUCUCGCCAUUUUGUCUUCGUACUUCGAGGACAACUUCCUUCGUAUCGACGUCUUCUCUCUUCGAGAAUUACACGCAGGUGGCUAGCGUACCGGUGAAUCUGAAUCUUUGUGGCGUUGCCGUUACGUGCGACGACGGACUAAACGAUCUCGAAAUGGCGGAGACUGCGUCCGAUGACGAGGCAACGAUGACCCUGAAAAGUUCGCGAGAAAAUGCGAUUCUUCAGGAAAACGAUGAAACGAAAACGAAAGUCGCGCUAAUCAGCUCGGUCAGAACACAGCCUGCUCAGAACUCAUUCAUAAAGCAUCGCAAGAAGAAAAAUGAAGAACGAACGAAGGUCGAAUGCGUGAGCGAUCGUUGCGAACAGCAACAAACUCGUAGCGACGAACAAAUGAAGACGGUAUCGACGGUGAAGACUCAGGAUCAUACCAACUGCGUACUAGAUACGGCGAUGGUGACGGAGAACGAUCUUGAUGAAGCUAUUAAAGAGUUCAAGCGCGAGGUAGAGGAGGCGGCCGCCUCCGAAGUUGCGAACGCCGCCAUUUUGGCGAUAGAAACGAUUCAACGAACAUCAUCUGGUCGAGCUAGGAAUCGAAAAGUGAAGAAAAAUGCUAGUUACGAGUUAGCGCAACAGUUUGAAGUGGACGAAAGAAAUUUCCAGAGAAAGUUUAAGGAUAAUGAUGAAGAUCGUAAUAGAUCUCCGAGUUCUCCUGGAAGAAGACGAGUAAUAAAUAACGCCAGCUACGAGUUGGCGCAACAAUGUGAUUACGUCAAGGCAUUGCAGAGCUCAAGGGCUGCAUUUCAUCGAAUGGACGCCUGCGAUGAACUACUGGAAGAUGCUGCAUCAGGUCGCUCUUCAGAAUUAAAAAUCACUGAUAUGGUGUGCUCCAACACAAGCAUCAAUAAGAACUCGUCGAAUUCUCGACCGAAGGAGCAGCAAGAUGACUCGUUCAUUGGUCAGAUAAAAAAAAACUCGGAUCCAUUUUCAGCCUGUGGCGAUGCUAGCGCAUUAAGUCCACGGCUGUUAGACGAUGAAGUAGAUUAUCCCUGCUUGGAAACUAAACCCAUAGGAGCAUCCUGCUUGGAGGAUAGGGUCGUCUUGCGAGAGAAGAUUGAAUUAGAAAAGCCAAUUACGGAGUUAGAAAGUGUUCUUGAAAAUUCCACGACGGUAUCUUACAUCGACGAAGAAUCUUCCGAUACACACAAAGAGAAGUCUGCGGACGUGAAAAAGAACUUUAUCGAUGAAUUUUAUCCGGAACAAAUGAUACAGUUUUCUCAACAAUAUCUUCGAAAGGAUGAAAGUAAGGAAACGGAUCAAGAACGGAGUAAAGAGAAUUUUGAAAAUGCAUCAUCGAACCAAAAUCCCGAAGAGCGUUCUCGUAGUCCUGGCUCGAAUGAUCGCGACACCGCCGAAUGUCUAUGGAGAGUUAUGAUCGAGAAGUCAGCGGCAGCAAAAAAGGAAGAGGAGGAGGAGAAGAGGAACGAGAUGGAGGUAACGGAAAAGAAGGAGAAAGAGGAGAAGGGACACAGUGUUCGCAGUGUUGUUGGCUCCGAGUCCCCACCCGGCGUUCCAGCUUCAUUCGGUGAACAUAGUAGUGGGAAGCCCGCAAUGGCUGUGGCGGCAGUUGAUACGAAUCAUCGCGGUAGUGAUCACGACAAACGUCAAGGCGAAGAACAACGUGCGCUAAAUAUCAACAAGAAAGACGCGGACAUUGCAAUCGCGAAAAGACCGUUGUUUAUCGCUCCGCAGCAGGAGAUCGCGAAGACUUACGCGGUGUCUUCGACAUCCUCCUUGUCUUCAUCUGCCUCCGCCGUCAUGAAGAACGAGGAGAGGAAGAAGGGCGGUUUAGGCGGCUUUCUGCAAAGAUUUUCCAGACUGAGGUUCAGCGGCCGAACAAAGGUACCACGUUCGGAAGUACAGAAAAAGGUUAUCGAGCCGACGACGAGAACGCAGGAGCAGCAACAAUCGACAGCCGCCAAGAAGAAGGAACCGGACUACAUCAUCAUACCGUUGCACCCACCCGAAGAGGAGAGAAGACGCCAACAAGAGGUCGUUACUCUCGAAGAGGCCGCUAGGAGAAACAAUGUGGACAUUCAGAGAAGCAUUUCUAAUGUCAGCAGUAACGGGAGGGCGCCAGUAUCCAGCAAGCCACCCCUGCCGCCGCAACCACCGCGCGUCGCCGCCCUGGGUACGACGACGCGAGCAUCAGCGUCGCGCCGACGCGCCGCCACGGACCUCGGUAACCCGGCGGCGAUCGAGAUGGCGAAGGCCCGUACGAUGCAGGCCGCCCAGGAGCGUCCGGUCGGUCUGCUCGAGACCGAUCUUGAUGAGGCGGUGAUCGACACGAGUUGCACAAAGUACACAGCUGGUUCGACCGCUACCGCUGCUGCCGCCGGCGCCGGUGGUAAGAAGACCCGUAGCCUGCUCGACCUCAACCACACCUCGGCGGCGGCGCCGCGGCCGCGACCCGAGCACGCCCUCCACGUACCCCAGUCGCCCGUCGACAGGAGUCCCCGCGACGACGUCGCGUCUGCCGCAACGUCCGCCAUCCACCAGCGGCCCCACAAGUCCAUGGAGUUCCUCCUCGACAAGGAGAACCUGCACUUUGUAAAGCCGCCAGAGAAUGAGCUGCAGAAAGUCGGCGAGCGCGUGCCGAGCGAGCACGAGCUCAGGGUGCAGCGAUCCUUGCAACGGCUCAAUGUGCCCGAUUGGUACAAGAAUUCACCCGCUGCACGCGACGGCUUUCGGUUGAAAAGGCAUUCCGACGCUUCGCAACACGGAGGAUGGCGCGCUCUCGGUUCCAAGACCACCUCCCUGUCGUCCCUCUCGUCGUCUUCCAAUCGACAGCCGACCACAGGUGCCCUUUUAAGUCCCAGUCCCACGCCUCCCGUAUUCUCGAGAUGGAGUACCAGCUUGUUGAACAGUGCCGGCAGUUCACCCGCGAAUUCGGCCAGAUCGUCCUUCAAUCAUCGACAGCCCUAUUUGGGCUGGCGGUCUCAGGAGCGACUGACCAAUCCGCGCACACCGGCGGAACGUCUUGCUCAGGGUAUUCUUCCUCAGUUGCAAGCCGCGAACAAGCAACAGCAGCAGCAACAGACAACGAAUCAGCAAUUGGAAGUACGAAACUCGAUAAAGGAGGUGACCUCGGCCAUCGUGCACUACGUGCAGAGCGGUCAGGAGGUCGGAGGUGGCGGUGGUGGCAGACUCUCGCCGCGACCUCGACCUGAAGAUUGGGAUGACAGGGGCGGAGCGAGGUCUACCAGCCCCAGAGGGAGCGUGAAGCUGUGCUGGAUGGAGAGCUCGUUCGUCGGUACGCGGCCCGUGGACUCGCCGGAGACGCCUAUGAGUCUGGCGACCGAUCAGGAGGCGGGUGAUUGCUGCAACGCAGCCGGCACCGAGUCCUGCAGCUGCCAGGACUCGGCCGCUUCCGGCCUCUACUUGGAUCUGACGCCCAGCCGGGACGAUUUACGUCACCAUCAGACGUCCUCGGCCGGCCCGUCGCCCACAUCCUCCUCUCAAUACCAUCAUCAUCACCAUCAUCAUCAACGUCAUCAACAUCGCCAGCAACAGCAGCAGCAGCAGCGUCAUCACCGCGGAUCGGGCCAGAGCGAUACGGACGAGGCGAUGGCGACGGCCGCUCUUCUGCGGAACAAACCGAGCCCGGGCUCCACAACCUUGGAGGACGUACUCGACUCCCUCCUGGGACUGCCACCCGCGUCGCGUACUCCGAGUCCUGGUCCGGGAGGACCCGUCGUGACCGCCACGUCCGCCAUCCGUCAUCGCCAUACGAACGCCGCCGUCAGCCAGGCGAAAGCCGGGAAGAGCUGCAGCGACCUACGCCAAGACCUCCAAGAGUCCGCUAGGAGUGUGAUGGACGUUCAUCAGGUGGCCGCCGAGGAUCAACGCAACUUCUACUCCGGCGAGCUGUUGAGACGGAAGAGCGAGGGCAGCGAUACCCUACCUGUCUCGCGAGCCGCCACGACGGCUGCCUCUUCCUCAUCGCUGAUGCCGAAUCGAAGUGGUGCGACGCGUCAUCGUAGAGUAUCCUUCGACAACGCACAGGAUUCCACUACCAAUGGCAGCUCGGCUAUGGACAAGGUGGUGCGCUGCCGCAACAACAAGUGCGGCAACUCUACCACCUUGGCGGAGGCGAGGAGGACCUACAAGAGCUGCCACAAUUGCACCUGUCUGUACUGCUCGCGAGAGUGUCGACGAGCUCACUGGCAACGUCAUCGCAGGACCUGUCUUCAUUCGCGGGCCGGCAGUCUCUGCCGUCAAGUAUUGUCUUCGGCGAAGGAGGAUCCGACUACUCUGAAGCAUAUCUCCGCCCUCGCUCGACGGGGUCACGACGCUCACGGUCGCGGCGCGGUCAAGUGCUUCUUCUCGAGUCCCGAGGCAGCCGAACGCUUCAUCGGCAACGGCUUCGCCGAUCUUGGCGAGCCCACCUACGUGCGCUGGUCGGAUUUACUGCCCGGCGAGAUGGGCGCUGAGCUAUACGCCGAACUAAUGCGCCUCUGCAAGACGUACAAUCCGGAGGCGCGGCUGGUGCUUUACGUAGCGGUGUGCGUAGUCAGCGAGGUGCCAACCAGCGGUGCUGUUAGGUGGGAACGGCAAUUGGUAUCUCGAUGCGCGAAGAUCAGACUCGACGGAGCGACGAAGCACGUUUCCUCGUCCUCGGCGUCGCCGCAGGCUAAAAGACAGCAGAUACCCGCAUCGCCCUGUAAUAUCACUCGGGAGAUGGACUCGCCGGAAACCUUAGUGCUGACAUCGUUACCCGGAAACAAUGGUCAGAACACGCCGCGGAGGGCCCGUGAAAUCAGUUUCAACAAUAUCCAGCGGCAGCUCAAGCUCAGAGGAGUUUCUUUAAGAAUACACUUUCCCCAGGUCUAUCGGAAGCUCUGUUCCUACGUGGAUGGCUCGGUGGAUAAGUUUGCGCCGGUGACCAUCUAUCCUAGGGAUCAAGCGUCCGGUAAGAGCUUCAUGUGCAUCAUUAUGUUGGACGCAGAGCCUGAACGUUUACAACUAUUGCCUACGGACUCGUCCAGGGUGAGGACGGUGGACAUUAGCGUGGAACAAGAGUAAAGAUCGUAUCCGCAUUCAAAAAGGGGAUUUGAAAAUAUUCGAGAACAAGAUUUGCGCUGCUCAGGACUUUCCUCAGGUUCUUAGAUGAGAAUCGGAAACGUUGCUAUGUCUUGUUCAAGAUGAAAACAGUUAAUAUUAACUAGCGGUACAAGAAUGAAGAUCACAUCUGGAUGAAGAAAGAAUCGAAAAUGUUUAAAAUAUCAAGAGACGUUGCUCUCUCAGGAUUUUCCUCAGGUUUAUGGGGAGGGAAUUAAAGAAGAGGUGUCGACGGACUUCUUUAAAUUGAAGACCAUUAGUAAAGCAAAUUUAGAUGAUACGAAAAUCUAAAAGAUAUCUUGAUUUAAGAUCUUGAUUAGACAUCUUUCGGAUGUUUAUAUUAUCUAGGAAGAUUGUAUCUAGAUAGAAGCACAUAUGAGAAUGUUAACAAAAGUCUCAAAUGAAUCUAGUAAAGCUCGACAUUUGAUGUCAGCUUGCGCAGAUUCACAUACACAUACAUAUAUACAUAUACACAAAGACUGUUUCUAUCUUUUCUUCUAAAGAAAAAAAAAGAUCGAACGAGAAAAAUACAAAACGUCGCUUUAUUCAUAUUCAUCUUCUUUUGCGACACUCUAUAUAGCUCGCGAUCGUAUUAAGGCAACCCUUUGUCGUUGCAAAAGUCCUCGAUUUGGCCGUUACGGUGUGAAAUGUUUAUCAAUCGUUUGCCGAGAGUCUUAUUGCAAGAUCAACCGUUAUCGAUCAUUUAAUCCUUUCUCAACUCAUGAAACACAUAAUUUAUCUUCAAAAAUAAGAAUAAUAAAAUAUUCUUAUAUUUUAAUUAUAAUUAUAUCUAUGUAACUUGUGUACAUCAUACAAUUUGAUAAAGCAAUAAUAAUACUCAUUUAUCAUGCAAGUUUUAUAUUCAGUAUUCGCUGAUAUAAAGAAUUCUCAAUCUUAUUUAUUACAAUAAUGAUACAAUAAUUCUAGUUAAUAUUACAUUUUCUAGCAUUUUUUUUUUUUUUUAAUGAGUGAGUUGAAAGGAUCGGCGAUGAUUUCAAGUUCUCGGCGAAUGUAACGGAAAGUAAUAUUUAGAGUAUGUUGUUAUGUUUUUGUUCAACUUUGCAUUGUUUAAAUUUUAUCGUACAUAUAUAUAUAUAUAUAUUAAUAUAUAACAUAUAUGAAAAGAGAUGAAGGACACAAUUUUUUCUCAGCGAAUAUACGAUAAUCAAAUAAAUCGAAUUAUAAAAUUUCGCUUAGGCCCCACAUGCUAUCGAAAACCGAUUAUAAUUGUGCAAUAUAAAAAUUUUAAAAAAAUUUCGAAAAAUAUAUCAAAAUUUUUAAUAUUUGUUUGCAAAUAUCAAUUUAUUAAGAAAGAACACUUGCCUUACUUUUCGUCAUGGCUUAUAUAAUUCUCCCAUCUUGUUAUUAAUCAGAUGAAUUUAAUAAUAUAAGUAUAUAUAAUCGUGAAAUUCUUUUCAUAUCUGCAGUUCUUCAAAUGCAUGGAAAAAAGAGACGAAUGUAUCUCGCGGUUUUGUCGCAAGUAUAUCAUCCACCUCUAUGACAUUGUGCCAAAUGAGAAAAAUGAGAAAAAUGAGAUUAAUCGCGUAUAUUACAGAGAAUAAAUUUUCGAAAUACUGUCGCAAGGGACAUCGACCGCCUUUGGAUAUGAUCUCAAUUUAUAUCGAAAGAGAAAAAGAAAGAGAGAACGCGCAUAAUUAUUUCGGCUGAAAGGCUUUUCCAUGGAUCAACGAAUCCCCAAUUUAUUAAUAGUAAGCAUAGCUUAAGUCGAGCUGCAUAAUGAAAUGACAUUACAAAAAAGGCUGAUCUCUUUCUAAUAAAAAAGAAGAGCGAUUGAUAAUGGUGCCAAUGAGAACGUCUCAAGACUCGCAACACAUCAUCACUUUACAGUGGUAUACAAAUAAAAGCAUACUAAAAGAAACUUGCAAUCUGAAAGUUUCUCUAUCGAGAAUGUCGCAACGUCAUCGAGCGAUGAUUAAUCAAGCAAUCGAUGCUUCUGUAAUUUUAAUUAAAUAGAUAUUGUAAUUAAUGGAAGCAUUGUACGAGAAACAGAGAAUAUUUGCGAUUUCUUACGUUAGUUGAUAGUAUCGAUAUCAGUUGAUAGAAUCGAUAUCCAUUUAUAUCGUUGACAGAAUGCAAUUUUUAAGGAUGAGACGAAAAAUAAAUCGAAUCAAAGAGGAAGCAUCCCAGUGCCAAUAAUAAAAUGCCACGAAUAUUUCUACACUCAACGAGAAAUAUACCGGUCCUCGAUUUGAUAUCGAGCAGCCAGAAUUAAACCUUACGAUGAGAUUCAUAUUUCAUAUGCACAAGAUCACGAUGAUCCUCAUUACAAUUAUUGAUUUCGAUUAAUCGCAUUUCUUUGUAUGUAUAGCGAAAAUAUAAAAUUAUUAUCUCAACGCGUUCUCACUCGAUCGUUCGCUCAUCCGUUACAUUAUCAAGCUUGCGACCAAUGUUGAUCCUUCAUUUACGUUUGUACAUAGCGCUAUUAAGGGAAUAUAUAUAUUUAGGAAAUGAAUUAGAGGUAAAAGAGAGCAAUUUUACUAGCACGAGGAGGAGAUUUAAAGGAUCGAUCAAAAUUCGCGAAUAGGUGGCUUACUCGGAGAUCAGUCCUCGUUAUAUCCUCGAUAGUUCCUUUUUCCUAUCUCUAUUACGAGGAUGAUCACUACAAUUUCAUUAUACAAGUUGUAUGAUAAAGAGUAUAUAUUGAUUUCGGCGCUUUACGAUACACCUUGUAUAAAUAUAUUUAUAUGUCCACACAUUUCCGCUUUAUAAAAAUAUAUAACGAAAAAUGAGGGAACGUCGGUCGGAGAAGAAAACUCAAUUCCUGUUGUAUUAAGUGUAUAUACAGUGUGUUUAUAUAAGAAUCUACAUCUAUUUCUAGAACGUUUAUUAUAUAAAGAAAGAAGUAUAUAAAUGCUAUGCGCAUUAUCAUAAAUUUUUGGUCAUGAUGUAGAGCUCACAAGUUGACAUAAAUAUGCUCAGAAUAUUUUUGAUCCAUAAAAUAUUUUCUCGAUUGAUUAAAUAUUAAAUAUUUACUAUUUAAUCCUAAACAGUUUCUGUAUAAAAGAUGAAUAGUAUAUUAUGAGUUUGGAGAAAUAGAUGGAAACUUUAUGGGCACUCUGUAUCACUCCGACCGAUAAAACGAGAAAGCUGCUCGACAAAUAAUUUAGAAGAGUGAUAAAGAAGAAAAUUAAUCGCGCGCAUCCGCGAAAAAGAUGAAAAUUAUGCGACUCAAUCGAUCGCGAACGAGCAAUCUCAGCCCGCACAUAGUCACUCUAAAGUCUUAAGAUAUCGUUUCAACGUCUAUAUUUAUCGGUGCUAUCAAAAUGUGCUACCAUUGUUUUCGCAUCUGUGUAUGUCUCGAUUUUUCAAAUAAAAUGUUAAUUUUAUUAUAUA